AUGGGUUUUUUUAGUACUAUACUGGGUUUCUGUGGAUUCGGAGUUGGGAUUUCAACUGGAUUGGUGAUUGGUUACUACCUUUUCAUCUAUUUUCAACCCUGCGAUGUUAAGAAUCCUGUUAUCCGUCCUUUGGCUGAGCAAGACUUUCAAAGUUUGCAGCGAUUGCUUCAUGAAAUACCCCCGUGGGUAAAAAAUCCAGAUUAUGACCGUAUUGACUGGCUUAACAAGUUCCUUGAGGUUAUGUGGCCUUACCUGGACAAGGCAAUUUGCAAGACGGCCAAAAAUAUUGCAAAUCCCAUUAUUGCUGAACAAAUUCCAAAAUAUAAAAUUGAAUCAGUUGAAUUUGAAGAAUUAACACUGGGUUCUCUGCCGCCCACUUUUCAAGGUAUGAAGGUUUUUGUUACCGAAGAGAGAGAAUUGAUGAUGGAGCCUUCUCUGAAAUGGGCAGGGAAUCCUAAUGUCACAUUGGGUAUUAAAGCAUUCGGUCUAAAAGCAACUGUUCAGGUUGUGGAUUUGCAAAUCUUUGCUCAACCACGCAUCACCUUAAAGCCCCUUGUUCCAAGCUUUCCUUGUUUUGCCAAAAUUGUUGUCUCUCUCAUGGAGAAGCCACAUGUUGACUUUGGACUUAAGCUUGUUGGGGCUGAUCUUAUGUCAAUUCCUGGCCUUUACAGGUCUGUACAGGAGCUUAUCAAAGAUCAAGUUGCAAACAUGUAUCUGUGGCCUAAAACCCUAGAAGUGGAAAUUCUGGAUCCAACUAAAGCUAUGAUGAAGCCUGUUGGAAUUCUCCAUGUGAAGGUUCUGAGGGCAAUGAAGCUGAGAAAGAAAGACUUGUUAGGUGCAUCAGAUCCAUAUGUGAAAGUGAAAAUCACCGAAUCUAAGGCUCCAUCAAAGAAGACUACAGUGAAACAUAAGAAUUUGAACCCUGAGUGGAAUGAGGAAUUUAGUAUUGUUGUUAAAGAUCCAGAAUCGCAAGCUCUGGAGCUUAUUGUAUAUGACUGGGAACAGGUGGGGAAACAUGACAAGAUGGGCAUGAAUGUAGUUCCUCUAAAGGAACUUACACCUGAUGAGCCAAAAGUCAUGACACUGGAUCUUCUCAAGAACCAGAAUCAAAAUGAUGCUCAAGAUGAUAAGUUUCGUGGGCAGCUUGUGGUAGAGCUGACUUACAAACCUUUUAAGGAGGGAGAUAUGUCAAAUGGUCUUGACAAUCCAUUAGAAAAGGCUCCUGAAGACACACCAGCCGGUGGAGGGGUACUAGUGGUUAUAGUCCAUGAAGCUCAAGAUGUUGAAGGAAAGCACCACAAUAACCCAUAUGUGCGUAUCAUUUUCAAAGGAGAGGAGCGCAAAACUAAGCAAGUAAAGAAAAACAGAGAUCCAAGAUGGGACGAGGAGUUCACAUUCAUGUUGGAAGAACCUCCUUUGAAGGAGAAGCUACAUGUGGAGGUACUCAGCACCUCAACAAGAAUCGGCCUGCUGCAUCCCAAGGAAACAUUGGGCUAUGUCAAUAUCAGUCUUGCGGAUGUUGUCAACAACAAAAGGAUCAACGAGAAAUACCAUCUCAUAGAUUCAAAGAAUGGAAAGAUUCAAAUCGAGUUACAAUGGCGUACAUCAUCUUGA